CUACCGGAAACGACUGUGUACUUACAGAGGCUGGGCGCAUGACGCUGCGUUAUGGUUCGCGAGUUUUCCGCGGCGCGCAAUGCGAGGGAGACGAGAUUAUGUAAAUGAGUGGAUUCUGGCUGAGCUAUCCUAUUGGCUAUCGGGACAAAAUUUGCUUGAGCCAAUCAAAGCGCUCCGUGGACAAUCGCCGUUCUGUCUAUAAAAGGGUGAAGCAGCGGCGCUUUCGGCGACUUUCGCGGUCGCCAGGCAGGAGUUUCCCUCGGUGACUGCUUAUCGCUGUCAUGUCUGGUCGUGGCAAGCAAGGAGGCAAGGCCCGCGCCAAGGCCAAGUCGCGCUCGUCCCGCGCUGGCCUCCAGUUCCCGGUAGGGCGAGUGCACCGCUUGCUGCGCAAAGGCAACUACGCGGAGCGAGUGGGGGCCGGCGCGCCCGUCUACAUGGCGGCGGUCCUCGAGUACCUGACCGCCGAGAUCCUUGAGCUGGCGGGUAACGCGGCUCGGGACAACAAGAAGACGCGCAUUAUUCCUCGUCACCUCCAGCUGGCCAUUCGCAACGACGAGGAACUGAACAAGCUGCUGGGCAAAGUCACCAUCGCCCAGGGCGGCGUCUUGCCUAACAUCCAGGCCGUGCUGCUCCCUAAGAAGACGGAGAGUCACCACAAGGCAAAGGGCAAGUGAGGCUGACGUCCGGCCCAAGUGGGCCCAGCCCAGCCCGGCCCGCGUCUCGAAGGGGCACCUGUAAACUCAAAAGGCUCUUUUCAGAGCCACCCACGUUUUCAAAUAAAAGAGUUGUUAAUGCCGGCUACUCUGUCCAGCGUUCCUC